AAAUUAUAUAACCUCAAUAUCAAAAAUUAAAUACGUGUUUUUUUUUUUUUUUUUUUCCGAUUACAAAAGGGAAAAGAUGUCAAGUCUCUAGACACAGCCUGGAGAAUUCCAUGUUAUGAGGUUCUUUUAAAGAAAAGAAGCUAACAGAAGGACUGAAAUAUUUAGAAGCGACGUCGGUUUGGCCUUGGCAGUUUGGUUACGAGGCGAAGAAAAUGAGAGCAAAGCCAAUUAAUUCAGGAAAAACCAUUUUUAUACUGUGCAUUGCUAGCUUUAUUGCAGGAUCUUUGUUUACUACUCGAUCAUGGACUCGUACUUCUCCUUCUCAGCCUAAAGAUCAUAACCAUAAUAAUAAUAUUCCACUCAUUUCUCGUUAUGUCAACAAGUUUCAAGAAGCUGAACGCGAUUGCGAUCACAAGCGUAAAUUGGCUGAAGGAAAGCCUGGAGAUAUUAUGGGAGAAGUUAUGAAAACCCAUCAAGCUAUCAAGUCACUGGAGAAUACAAUUUCUAUAUUAGAAAUGGAGUUAACAGCAGCUCGUACAAGUCAAUACAGCGGCCAAAAUUCAAUUGGAAGACCUAAUAAUCGUACUUUGCAAAAAACAUUUGUUGUAAUUGGAAUUAAUACAGCAUUUAGCAGCAGAAAGCGCCGGGACUCAGUCAGAAAAACAUGGAUGCCAAAAGGAGAGAAAUUGAAGGAAUUGGAGAAAGAGAAAGGGAUAGUGAUACGGUUUGUGAUAGGACACAGUGCAACCGCAGGCGGUGGUGUUCUUGAUAAAGCGUUGGACGCAGAAGAAGCAGAAUAUAACGACUUUCUUAGGCUUAAACAUGUAGAGGGUUAUCAUCAACUCUCUACCAAAACUAGAUUGUAUUUUUCCACUGCUGUUUCGAUUUGGGAUGCUGAGUUCUACAUCAAGGUUGAUGAUGAUGUUCAUGUUAAUUUAGGUGCUUUAGUCAGUACACUUGCAAAAUACAGAUCCAAGCCAAGAAUAUAUAUCGGGUGCAUGAAGUCUGGACCUGUUCUCUCUCAAAAAGGGGUAAGAUAUCACGAACCAGAAUAUUGGAAAUUUGGAGAAGAAGGUAACAAGUACUUCAGACAUGCAACUGGCCAAAUUUAUGGCAUCUCUAAGGACCUUGCUUCUUAUAUCUCCAUUAACUCAAAUCUUGGCAGUCCAAUAUUGCAUAGAUAUGCAAACGAAGAUGUUUCUCUUGGAGCUUGGUUUAUUGGCUUAGAAGUUGAACACGUGGACGAGCAUUCCAUGUGUUGCGGAACCCCUCCAGCGUGUGAAUGGAAGGCGCAAAAUGGAAAUGUGUGCGUGGCAUCAUUUGAUUGGUCUUGCAGCGGCAUAUGCAAAUCUGUGGAAAGAAUGAAAGCGGUGCAUAGUUCUUGCGGGGAAGGAGAAGGCGCUGUUUGGAAUGUUAAUGUUUUAAGUCAAUAAUAGUAUUAUUAAUAAUUAAUUAUAUGCCAAUACUUUAAAUUCAAAAAUAAGAUUGAUAGCUAACUUUUUAUCUUUGAUUAUAAUUUUUUUUAACCA